AUGGGUUCUGUUUCAUAUUUGCUGUCUGUAAAUGAUCAAAACAAAGAUCACUGGACACAUCGCAAGGCUAAUAUACCGAUUUUGAAAAGCGUCUUCAUUGACCAUUCCAUGAAUCCAUGUAUAUGCUUGGAUAUACCAUAUCGGUAUAAUACCCACUUGAAGGGUAUUUUAGCUCUUGCACUUGUUUUCACCAAGGUUUGGUCGAUUUUGGUAUGUUCAAAUGCCAAUGUGAUUUCUUACUUUAAUGUGAGAGAUUAUGGAGCUGCAGGUGAUGGUAGUACAGAUGAUUCCCAGGCAGUCUUGAAAGCAUGGAGUGCAAUGUGUAAGACACCAACAGGCAUUCCUACCAUGGUUGUUCCAAGCGGGAAAACAUUUUUGGUGAAUCCAAUAUCCUUCGAUGGCCCUUGCAUGGCUAAGAAAAUCAGCGUUCAGAUAAUAGGAAAUAUCAUUGCACCGAGCAAAACUGAUGCAUGGAAGGGGAAGGACCAAAGCACAUGGAUAAGGUUCGCCAAGGUUAGUGGACUCAGUGUUAGUGGUCCAGGCACAGUUGAUGGGCGCGGUUCUGCCUGGUGGGAUCAGUCUUGCAGAUAUCAUCAUGUUCAGGUGAUGACUGUAUCUCAGUUGGAGAUCACACAUCAGAUGUUAGUAUCAAAGGGAGGAAAAGGAUACGCUCAACGAAUUACAUUUGAGAAUAUAAACUUCACCACUGUGGAAAACCCUAUAAUUAUUGAUCAGUACUACUGCAACAUACCUUAUGGAUGCAAGGACAUGCCGACUGGUGUUAAAAUAAGCCAAGUGACCUACAAUGGAAUGAUUGGAACAUCAAGAAGUGAAGUGGCAAUCAAUCUCAACUGCAGCGACCGUGCUGCUUGCACCGGAAUAAGGUUAGAGUCAAUAAAAUUAGAAGCAGCUAGUCCUGGAAAACAACUCAAUGCCAACUGCAAUAAUGCAUAUGGAAAAACAAUAGGAGUCGUUGAACCAAAAGCUCCUUGUCUCAAAAAUUUCAACUGA